AUGAAGAUGCAUGGAAUGAUAAUAUGGUUUGCUAGGAUUUUCUACGGAUCUCCUUUUUUGUGGCAAGUUGUAUCACCAUCUACAUCAAUACGUUCAUGCAGCAGCAGCAGCAUUAUUUACACGAGUUAAUUCGAGUGGGCUCUGCAUUAAUAUUACUGGGUAUGGUAUUGAAAGUCUCAGGACGCUUUUGUAACUGCACUCGGGUCAGGUCUAGGAUCAAUCAAUCAGGAGUUGCGGAACGACAUUAUCCAUCGCUAUUAUUAUUAUGUUUUUUUCUUCAGGGGAUUUAUUUAUUUAUUUUACAGGCAUUUUUUAUAAGGAGAAUCAGAACUAUCGCUUUUUCUCUCUCCUUUCUACAGAUAUAGAAAAACCCAAAAAAUAAGUAUCGAUUCUUCUGUGCCACUCGCUCCUGAGCAAUGCCCAUAUCCUUUCCUAAUACGAGUACAUAGUAGUAAAGACAGUGGAACUUCUGAAU